AUGAAGAUCCUGGUGGUGGUCUUGAUUUGUCUGCACCUCUCAGAGGGCUUGGAAAGGUGCGUGGUGGGAGUCAUUCUGAGGAAAGGCAAAUCGAUCCGCCAGAAAAUGGAGGAGCGGGGUGUACUGGAGACGUUCCUGAAGAGCUACCCAAAGGUUGACCCUGCUGCCAAGUACCAUUUCAAUAAUGACGCUGUUGUUUAUGAGCCGAUCACCAACUACCUGAAUGAUUUCUACUUUGGGGAGAUCAGCAUUGGGACGCCACCCCAGAAUUUCCUGGUUCUCUUUGACACGGGUUCCUCUAACCUGUGGGUGCCCUCCACCUACUGCCAAAGCCAGGCCUGUUUCAAACACAACAGGUUCAACCCUGGACAGUCCUCCACCUUCAGGUACGACGGACAAACCUACAACCUGUACUAUGGCAGUGGCAGCCUGAGUGUGGUCCUGGGCUAUGACACCGUUUCCGUUCAGAACAUCAUCAUUCGUAACCAGGAGUUUGGCCUGAGUGAGAGUGAGCCCACAAGCCCCUUCUACUACAUUGACUUUGAUGGGAUCUUGGGGAUGGCCUACCCCAAACUGGCAUCCCAGAGCUCCCCGACGGUCAUGCAAGAGAUGCUGCAGCAGGACCAGCUCACUGAACCCAUCUUCAGCUUCUACUUCUCCCGGUGAGAGCCUCCAUCUGGGAAGCAACAAGGGCCCUAUGGUGGAGAGCUCAUCCUGGGAGGCGUGGACACUCAGCUUUAUUCAGGUGCAAUUGUCUGGACCCCUGUCACCCGCGAGGUCUACUGGCAGAUUGCCAUUGAGGAGUUUGCCAUCGGUAGCCAGGCCACCAACUGGUGCUCCCAGGGCUGCCAGGCCAUCGUGGACACUGGCACCUUCCUGCUGGCUGUUCCCCAGUAUUACCUGGACUCCUUUCUGCAGGAGACUGGAGCUGAGCAGGCCGAGAACGGUGAUUACGUGGUUGACUGUGACUCCAUAGAGCGCAUGCCCACCAUCACCUUCGUCAUCAGCGGAGCUCAGUUCCCUCUGCCCCCCUCUGCCUACGUCCUCAACAAUGAUGGCUACUGCAGGCUUGGGAUUGAGGCCACUUACGUGCCCUCGCCCAAUGGGCAGCCCCUGUGGAUUCUGGGAGAUGUCUUCCUCAAGGAGUACUACUCUGUGUACGACUUGGCCAACAACAGGGUGGGAUUUGCCUACUCUGCCUAG